AUGGAAAAUUUUAUAAACAUUACAAAUGGAUACGCAUAUUAUGAAUAUCGUGAAGAGAUGAUUGUACAAUGUUCACUUAUCACUCUAGAUGGUAUAUUAACUUUAAUUAAUCUUUUUAUCAUUACAUGUUGUUCUUGUUGUGGUUGUUUUCCUGAUACUUCAACAACAAUUUCUACACUGAAUAAUUCCAGUGGUGAAAAUGCGCCUCAUUUAAAAAGCUCUGAAGUCAAUAAUCAGCGGCCUUUACAAAUUCAAAAUAAUAACAAUAAUAAUAAUGUUAAUCAAUAUCCAGAGUUAAAUAAUCCUCCAGCGGGAAAUUCAAGAAUUAAUCAAAAACAAGAUUUAAAUUAUAUCCAACCACUUGGUUAUCCUCCGCCAUACACAUAAUCAAUACCCA